UUUGUGUCCCCGCCCUCCCCCGGGGACCGCAGCGGGCAGAGCAGCGCUGCUGGUGUCAGAGCCCGGCGAGCGCUGGCAGUUCCGCGGGGGGAUGCUGAGGAGCGCUGGGUCCGCGAGCAGUCGUGCCCACUGCGGACUUCCGAGGCUGUCCAGGCGGUGAAAACCGGUGCGCCGCGACCAAUCCCGAAGCCGCUGGACGCUCCGGAAACCCGACGAAGGGAGCGUCCGGCGCAGCCGCGGCCGUCCCGGGAUUCUGGGCUUACGGAGCGUUCUGGAACCCCGAGAGACACCCCGGGGCUCUAGAACCUCCCCCAGCGGCCCCCAGCCCCCGUUUCCUGCGAGCGUCGUCCAAAACCCCCUCAGGUGCACGGGUCGCGGGCGAGCGGCGGCUGGGUCCUGGCGCACACCAUGAUCGUGGCGGACUCCGAGUGCCGUGCGGAGCUUCAGGGCUACCUGCCUUUCGCCCCGGGCGGCGGCCCGGGAGCCGGAGAGGAGCAGAGGGAAAGCCGGGCUCGUCGAGGCCCUCGAGGGCCCAGCGCCUUCAUCCCAGUGGAGGAGGUCCUUCGGGAGGGACCUGAGAGCCUCGAGCAGCACCUGGGGCUGGAGGCGCUGAUGUCCUCGGGGCGUGUAGACAACCUGGCAGUGGUGAUGGGCCUGCACCCCGACUACCUCAGCAGCUUUUGGCGCCUGCACUACCUGCUACUGCACACAGAUGGGCCCCUGGCCAGCUCCUGGCGCCACUACAUUGCCAUCAUGGCAGCUGCCCGCCACCAGUGCUCCUACCUGGUGGGCGCCCACAUGAACGAGUUUCUGCAGACCGGCGGUGACCCUGAGUGGCUGCUGGGCCUUCACCACGUCCCUGAGAAGCUGCGCAAGCUCAGUGAGAUUAACAAGUUGCUGGCACAUCGGCCGUGGCUCAUCACCAAGGAACACAUCCAGGCCCUGCUGAAGACUGGCGAGCACAGCUGGUCCCUGGCUGAGCUCAUCCAGGCCCUGGUCCUGCUGACCCACUGCCACUCGCUGGCCUCCUUCGUGUUUGGCUGUGGCAUUCUCCCUGAGGGGGAUCCAGAGGGCAGCCCUGCCCCCCAGGCACCUUCGCCACCCAGUGAGCAGAGCAGCCCCCCAAGCAGGGACCCACUGAACAGCUUUGGGGGCUUCGAGGCCGCCCGUGAUGUGGAAGCUCUGAUGGAACGCAUGAGGCAGCUGCAGGAGAGCCUAUUGCGAGACGAGGGAGCGUCCCAGGAGGAGAUGGAGAGCCGCUUUGAGCUGGAGAAGUCAGAGAGCCUGCUGGUGACCCCCUCAGCUGACAUCCUGGAGCCCUCUCCACGCCCAGACAUGCUGUGCUUUGUGGAAGACCCCGCUUUUGGAUAUGAGGACUUCACCCGUCGAGGGACUCAGGCACCCCCCACCUUCCGUGCUCAGGAUUAUACCUGGGAAGACCAUGGCUACUCACUGAUCCAGCGGCUCUAUCCGGAGGGUGGGCAGCUGCUGGAUGAGAAGUUCCAGGCAGCCUACAGCCUCACUUACAACACCAUCGCCAUGCACAGCGGCGUGGACACCUCCGUGCUCCGCAGGGCCAUCUGGAACUACAUCCACUGUGUCUUCGGCAUCAGAUAUGAUGACUAUGACUAUGGGGAGGUGAACCAGCUGCUGGAGCGGAACCUCAAGGUCUAUAUCAAGACGGUGGCUUGCUACCCAGAGAAGACAACCCGAAGAAUGUACAACCUCUUCUGGAGGCACUUUCGCCACUCAGAGAAGGUCCACGUGAACUUGCUGCUCCUGGAGGCCCGCAUGCAAGCCGCCCUGCUCUACGCGCUCCGCGCCAUCACCCGCUACAUGACCUGACUCCUGUGUGGGACCCGGGCCAGGAGCAGCCAGCCCCGAGGGCAUCCUCCUCUCUGCAGAGACUCCUCUGUCUGGAGACAGACCCCAUCUCUUUCUGUCCCAUCCCCACUCACACCACUCUGGGGGUGGACUUAUGUCUGACGUGCAGUCACCAAGCCACACUUCCUUUUCUCUCACUGGAAUGGACAGGAUCAUUAGACUGAGUCUGGGAGCUGAGCUCUGUCUGGGAGCUGGGAGAGGACGAGUGGGUCCCAAGGAGCUAUGCCUUUCUUCCCAGGCCCGAUCCCAGAGGUGUGGGGCGCAGGAAGGAAAAUGAGCUGGUGUGCCAGCAGGCUGGGCCCCAGGCACCAAGGGUGCUACGCCCUCCAGGCUGGGAAGUCCCUGGCUGGCCCUGGGGUGUGGGGCAGUCACCUCCGGGGACUGACACUCCAAGCAGCUUUGCCGUUCCUCCUCCCUCAUUCCCAGAUUCAUACCUCUCACCUGCCAUUCACCCAUCAAUGUGAAAGCCAGGGUCAGCGCUGGUCUGUGCGUCUGACUCCCCAAAGCCUACUCCAUCGGGCAGCCUGAAGGCCCCUUCUUUCCUGGUUGCCCCAAUCUUUCUCAGUUCCUUUGGCCUCUGUCCUCUGAUUCUUUUCUCCCAUGCCUGAUGCUGUGAGGUCCCAGCAGAUGCCAAACACAUCCAAAAAAGAUUAUUUGGGGGUCUCUGUUGGUCACUGAAGAAGAGGAAGUAUUAUAAAUCCUCUGUAUUUUGGUUCUUUAUGGGUAAGGUUCUGCAGGGCCUCACUCCUGGAGCUGGGCAAGGCCCGAGAGAAGCAGGACAGGGAGAAACCUGUUUUCCCCACUACAUCUGCUCUGUAGAAAUCACUACUCCUCUCCCGUCUCCUAUGGCUCUGCCACAGCCCUGUGCCAAAAAGUUGAGCCUUUCUAGGUGGUUUAGUCGGCACGUGGCCCAGUGGGGGAGGCAGGAGAACUCGGGACUCUCGUGUGGGCCCUGCCACUGGCGGAAUGGCCGGGGCCUCAUUGCCAAACUGCUCUGCCCUCCAUUUCCACAACUGCAGACCGAGGGGCGGGGCUGGGUUUCUUUGACGUCUGAGUCUUCACCAUGGGAGUCUCUGGUCAGUGUGCCAGCAGUAAAUGGCAGAUUUUGCUGGCUCUUGAAGGCCUCUGGGGCCCUCCCAGUGCUUGCUGUCAGUCUCCCCUGACAACCUUUCGAGGCCUCCCACCCAGUUUCUGUUCCCUCUCCUGAUGUUAGGUGGAUUGCUUGGAGGCAGAAGCAGCCAAGGACUGAUCCCAGGCACUUUUUGUAGCAAACAAGCUGUGAAUUGAUUUCCCUUGCCCUUCUUCCAGUUGUAUGCACCUCCUCUGACCAGUUUGGGGUGACUAAGGAAAGGCAAGGGCUAAAGCUGCUGCUGCUUCUGACCCUCCUCUUUGGGAUGGGGCAGGAGAGGAGCCCAGUCAGUGUGCCACAUUUCAUUCCCGUGCGGGCAUGGGGAAGCGACUGGCACCCCCUCAGGCCUCAGCACCCUCCCUGCAGUGAAGUUCCGCAGGAGGGAAGAGGCCCCAGCAUGGGGGUUUGAAUUCUAGAGGGGACAUGAUGACUCCAUGUCCCCAGGAGGGUGGGAGGGGUAUCCAGUGUUCACGUACAGAAAUCUUUAGCUUUGCUAUCAGUUGCGUAUGAAAAAUAAAAGUUCACCGAGGUUUUGU